CGCGGGCCACUCGGGAGCGCGGGAGUGAGGAACGGAGUUCAGCCCGCCUGGCCCCCCAGAUUCAGCCUCUGGUCUCGGCCUCCUGGGUGGUGCGAGUUGACGUCCAGUGGUGGGGCCUGCAAGAUGGAGGAAGGCGGGAACUUGGGAAGCCUGACUAAGGUGGUCCAUCUACUGGUCUUGUCCGGGGCCUGGGGCAUGCAAAUGUGGGUGACCUUUGCCUCAGGCUUCGUGCUUUUCCGAGGCGUUCCCAGACAUACCUUCGGCCUCGUGCAGAGCAAACUCUUUCCUUUCUACUUUCACAUCUCCAUGGCCUGUGCCUUCGUCAACCUCUGCAUCUUGGCACCACAGCGCGCCUGGGCUCAGCUCACAUUCUGGGAGGCCAGCCAGCUCUGCCUGCUGCUCCUGAGCCUCACGCUGGCCACCAUCAACGCCCGCUGGCUGGAGCCCCGCACCACGGCUGCCAUGUGGGCCCUGCAGACCGUGGAGAAGGAGCGGGGCCUGGGCGGGGAGGUGCCGGGCAGCCGCCAGGGCCCCGACCCCUACCGCCAGCUGCGGGGGCAGGACCCCAAGUACGCCGCCCUCCGCCAGAUCUUCUUCCAGUACCACGGUCUGUCCAGUGUUUGCAAUCUCGGCUGCCUCGUGAGCAACGGGCUCUGCCUCGCGGGCCUGGCCCUGGGCCUCAGGAGCCUGUAGCAGCCCCUGCCUCUCUGUCCCGGCCAGGGCCCCAGAUGUCAAUAAAUGCUUCUUUGGAAA